AUGGCACUAUAUUUAUCUGACAACCACUGCAGGAAGGCGACUGACAUCAAGCGGUGGCCAUUGUUGUACCGCGCCCCUGUGCCAACAUGGCACAAGGGCAAGAUGGUCUUAGCCGGUGAUGCAGCCCAUCCAGUAUUGCCUCAUCAAGGCCAAGGCGGUGCUAUGGGUCUUGAAGAUGGUCUUGCGUUGGGUGUCGUGAUGGCUGGGGCUGCAGAUGCCUCAGACGUCGAAAAACUGCUUGACGUCUACGAGAAAAUCCGCAAAAGCCGUACCAGUAUAAUCCAGUUGCUUAGCAACGUUGCAAAGAAUGAUUCUCACCUCGUCGAGAAAGAGCUCUUAGAAUUCAUGCCCAAGGAGGAUAUUCCCAAAACACAAAAAGAAAUGUUUAUCUAUAACUUUGAAUACGAUGUUGUGGAGGAAGCUAUCAAAAUCAUGGAGGAAUUUGACCCGUCGUUUCAUCUUCCCCACGACUUCUUUGAGGAUGACUCAUUCAACAUGGCCCAUGUUAGUGGCGAGCUGUCCAAGAUGAGCGGGUUUAUCACAGUCGAGACUUGUAUUAGCGUUGAGACGGAGGAGUCCACAGCACAAGUAUGA